GCAUCAAUAUUAUUUUCGAAUUGAUGUUAAGUCUUCAUCGCCAAGUUAUUUCAGCUGAUGGUUCUUUGUGUCUAAUUUCCGAAUUUAAACAAAAGAAUUCGAAUUUGUAUCCUUAUGAACUGUUCGUUGAAUGAAAUCAAAUCUAAACGUAGAAGACGUAUAUUGAAUCAAGCAAUUAUACACAAUAGUUUCCGUCUGUGUAAAUUCUUCAGUACCUAAGUUGAUGUCUAAGAAUGGCGACUAAAAAGAAAAUUCCGUUGAAAGUGAUCAUUUUGGGUAACACAGGAGUAGGAAAAACUUCGCUGGUGAGGCAGUACGUGGAUAAGCAGUUUUCAAAUCAAUAUAAAUCUACUAUUGGAACGGAUGUUUUCGCCAAAGAAGUUGAGAUCGAUGAUAGAGGUGUUGUGAUGCAGAUUUGGGAUACAGCUGGUCAAGAAAGAUUUCGAUCACUGUGGUUGGCAUUUUACAGAGGAGCGGACUGUUGUGUUUUAGUAUUCGAUUUAACUAUGCCAGAUACAUUCAAAGAACUUGAUAAUUGGAGAGAUGAAUUUUUAAUUCAAGGUUCGCCCCGUGAUCCGGAAAAUUUUCCAUUUGUCGUAUUGGGAAACAAAAUUGAUUCGAAAAAUUGUGUGGUUAAUUCGAGACGUGCUCAGCGAUGGUGUCAGAGUAGGAAUAAUAUUCCAUACUUCGAGACAUCUGCCAAGGAAGCUAUUAACGUCGAGCAAGCUUUUCAAACUGUUGCUAAACGUGCCUUAGCUCAAGUACUCGAAAUGGAAAUCGUUGAUGAGUUAUCGGAUCAAAUUAACUUCAGGUUGAAUGCGGACGAGAGAUCUUCGAAUGGCAAUGCUAAAUGUUUCUGCUAAAAUGCUAACUUCUCAUAUAAAUAGGUAUAAGUAGGUACCUAUAUUAUAGGAUUGUACCUUUGUUUUUAUACUGCAAUCUGUGAAUAAUUCAAUCGAAAAAUGUAUUAAAAGUAAAAAUUAUUAUAGGUA